ACCUUCCAUCGUCAUAAUCUAAUCUUUUACUUGUUCUUCUGCGGGCCGUAUGGGCCGUACAAAACAUCCACUGUCAACGCACACAGAAAGAGUUCAAAGUUGUCCACAACGCGUACGAUAAUUUCAGCUGAGGUGGAUAUCCUAAAUCGGGUCUUGUCCGAGGUGGAGAUGGAUAUUCCGUUACGUUCGAACCGAAAAGCGAAUAUGCAAGCACGCACACAGUGAAGAUGGAAAAGGGCAGGCGUGCCUCGGAUCCCUCCUGACCGGCAGCUUGAUCCGGUCGCUGCUGACUCGAUCAAAUAAUAAUAAUUAUUAGUAAUCCGCGCAGACGGACAUGUCCGACGAAUCGGGACUUAUUUAUGUAAGCGUCACGCCAUAGGCAGGUGAGUGCCUGUAUAUAUACAUCCAGCAACACUCAUUAUCCAUUCGUACCCCCGUUCUCAUACUUCGCAAUAAUGACCCUCACCUUCAAACUCUCUGAUGGCAAAGAUAUCCCUUUCCUCGCAUGGGGAAGCGGCACCGGUGGUAUCGGCAAAGAACUGCAGCUCGCUAUUGGCGCGGGUAUUCACGCAUUGAAAUCUGGCAUCCGCCACAUCGAUACCGCUCAGGGUUACGAUACUGAGGAAGCCACAGGCGAGUCCUUCAGAGCUUCUGGUCUCAAGAGAGAGGACGUCUGGAUUACCACAAAGAUUUCCGACAAGAUCCCGACCGAUAAAGAAGCUAUCCGGAAGAAUGUCUUGGCAUCCAUUGCUCGACUCCAAACCAAACCUGACCUCUUGCUCAUCCACAACCCUUUUAUUGUGCAGGAUGGUAACAUCUCUCAAUUUUGGACAUAUCUUGAGGAUCUCGUUCUUGACGGUACUUUGGAAGGUGUGAGUUUGGGAGUAAGCAACUUCAGACCUCAAGAUCUGGAGGCUAUCCUAAGGGUUGCACGAAUUAAGCCUGUUGCCAACCAGCUUGAAUAUCACCCUUACGUACUUGUACACCUCGAACCGGUCCUCAAGAUUGCUGCUGAGCAUGGUAUCCUAAUUGAAGCUUUCGGCCCACUGACUCCGGUACUCCGUCAUCCCGACGGUGGGCCUCUUAAGCCUGUUCUUGAGCGCAUUGCCCAACGUAUUUCCAAGGACAACGGUCAAAAGUUGGACUCUACUACCGUACUUCUCCUCUGGACUCGUCAGAAGGGGGUCGUAGCUGUCACGACUUCCAAGAAUGAGCAGAGGAUCAAAGGGCUUGCGGAUGUGGAACAUUUGCCCGAUUUGACCGCCGAAGAGAUGGAAGAAAUUGAGAAGAUCGGCCGAAGCCAUCACUACAGGUACUAUAUUGAACACAUGACUGAGGACUUCCCCAACCCGGACCUUCCUUCCGUCCCCAGCACUAGGGAAAAGUCAGAUCAUUAGACCGCCUAGUUAAGAAUUGGUUGAAAAUACUGUAGAGCGAAGAAUACAUUAACACGCCUUGGAUUGAAUAUGCAGCCAUUGUUAUUGCGUGGUGCAGUAGUUCCAGAAUUCAUCUUAUCAACGUUGGAAACAAGCAUGCAUAGCGCAUGGCAGACU